AAAUUACAGUGUUGAUUCUCUUCCUUCCACAAAAAAUCUAAAAAAUUUUGUUUAUCGCUUUAUGAUAAUAUUGACACUUAUUAGCAGUAUUAGAAUAUAUUAUUCAUCUCACCAUAAUAUUUACAUAGAUAUACACCGUGUUAUUGAGUGCUCACAGAACCAUGGAUUAAUGAUCAUUCUGAACAACUUAAUAAUUCAAUUAAAGAAACAAUAAUGGAUGAGAGCUCCAACAAUGUAAAAGCAGUAUUGGAUGGAUUACCUGACUCUGUAUCUAAUACAGAACCAGAAAGUUUGUACCCUAGGGAUAUAAAGAACAACUUAGAUUCAACCCUGAAUGAGUUGGAGUAUGCCACUCACUUACCAACUGAACAAGCACAGCAUCCAGCCAAACAGGAUGAAGAUUCCAUUCAGCAUGAGCUACUUCAAGUCCCAGUAGAGCAUCACUCAAUGGAACAGGCACCCUAUCCAGUCCUCCAUGGCAUACUAAAAAAUCCAGAUAUCAAGAUGCAAGCGACAAGUCUUAAUGAGGGAGAACAUCACACAAUGGAGGUGGUACCCAAGGCACUCAACCAAGAUUCUCUUCUGGAAUAUGAAAACGCCAAUGUUGAAUCCCAUGAUAAGAGUGCUAUGUUGAAGGUGUUUGGAACCAUCACAGCUACUUUAACACAAGAUGUCUUAAACAGAAUUCCAGGUGCAAUUGAUGCAAAACUUUUAUUUCUGAGCCAUAUUCCAAAAAAUCCAAACAGAUCUGAUCUGAAAAUCAACAUUGCAGAAAACAACGAUGUGUCACUGGAAGGAGAUAUCCCAACUUUAUCUAGCAUCGAACACGAGCUGAAUGAGUUAUUUGAAUUCCCGAAAACAAAAUGUGAUAAAAGCAUUGAAUGCACUCUUCUGAAGCCAGUCUAUUCAAGACAUGGGCGACUUGUUAAACCUAUUUCAAGGGAUAGUCCAGUGGAAUCAAAACCUGCCAAGACGACAGGUAGUUCUUUACGUAUACGUGUAAAAAUAGAUGAAAGCAAUAAUAAGGAUCAAACAAAUGAUGAACAGUGUGCCAAAGAAAGGAUAAGAGACAAUCAGAAGAUUGAUGAUGAUAAUGAGGAUUCUAAAGAUGAUGAUGGUGAUAAUCCUGAUAAGGAAGACUUGGAUGAUAGUGAUAUGGAUGUUGACUAUGAUCCUACCAAAGAUGAUGAAGAUGAAGGCUCCAAGAGUGAAAAAGAAAAUAAAAGAAGGAAAAGACGAAAAAGAGGUUUAGGAUUUAGAUCAAAGUCAACAAAAGACUAUGAAAAAGAUACGCCAUACAAAUUUUUCUGUAAAAUAUGCUCUUACAAAACUAAAAGAGAAAAACACUUGAUAAAACACAGAAUGGUUCAUGAACAGAAGAACCCUAAACUCUACAAAUGUUCGCAGUGUGACUUUACAGCUAUCAGGCAGGGCCACUAUAAAAGACAUCUAAUUCGCCACAGUGAGGAUAUUAUAAAGUGUAAAUUAUGCAGUUAUGUGACCAACUUAUUAUCAUGCAUGGACCGACAUGUUAAGAAAAGACACCCUGCUGAACAUAUGAAAUCAAUGCAAAAGUAUCAGUGUGAAUUUGGCGAUUGUACGUAUUCAACAUCAAAUAAGAUUCUACUUGAGAGGCAUAAUUCUAGGCAUGAGUCGGGAGUUGGUGUAGAUGAAGAAGGAAAUGUCAUUCCCUUUGAGUGCAAAGAGUGUGAUUAUAAAACAGUACGCCGAGAACACUUUUUACGCCAUACUAAACAUGUUCAUAGUGAGGAUCGGCCGCAUCUUUGUGAUAUGUGUGGCCGGGGAUUUAAGAGGAAGGAUGCUCUACAACAGCAUAGGUUUAUACAUUUGAACCCUGAAGAACGUCACUACCAAUUCAAUUGCAAAGUGUGUCGCAAAGGAUUCAGAGCCCAAGCACAUCUGAAAGAGCAUAUGUCAAUUCACUCACCACUAAAGGCAUUCCUUUGCGAGGUUUGUGGGGCUGCAUUUAAGACAAAAUCAGUUCAACAAAAACACAUCAAUACAAUCCACAAAAAUCCACGUGCCUUCCCAUGUGCAUUUUGUUCGAAAAAAUUCAAUAGAAAAUUCUCUUUGAUUCGACAUCUUAGAACCCACGAUACUCCUGGAAUGCAGAAAUUGAACACUGGACUUGAUUUCGACAGGAAACCACAGAUUCAGAAUGCGGAGUUGCUUGAUGCUGUGGAGACCAAGUUUCAACAGCAGGAUUCUCAAGAUACGCAACAGAUUCAGGUUAUAGAAGUGGUCCCCUCUGAUCACGACAUCUAUCUGCAGACUGGACCUGGUGGUAACUAUGAGGUGCAGACCCUACAGACCUACCAGUUUGGGGGUCAAGCCUACCCUAUAGACUCUCAACAGCAAACAAUCCAGUUAGGUAGUCAACAAGUCCAGGUGGAUGAACAACAAGUUCAGGAAGGCAAUCAGCCUGUCCAAAUGGGCUCUCAGCAAAUUGUCCAUCUUGGCUCUCAACAGCUUGGUCAACUAGUACAGCUCAGUAAUAUACAAGUGGAGGAUGGAUCUCAUGUAGGUAGCCAAAAGACAGUUCAAAUAGGUAGCCAGGAAAGUGUUCAGGUUGGCAGUGAGGAGGAUGCUGUCAUUCAGGAUGAUAACCAGACUGUCAGACAAGUUCCUGUGACUGUUGAGGAGACUGAUGGCCAGCAACAGGUUGUCUCCCAGGCACAGUUUAUACCAGCAAAUGAGGCAUCUACAGCUCUGCUUUAUCUAACUAACAAUUAUCAGCAAUAUUAGUUUCAGCUCUUGUCCUCAAUUUUUAAUUUUACAGAAACAAGAGAAAGUAGGUUUAUUUUAAAUUCAGUUUUUGUUACACAUAGGUUUUAUUAUUGGAAAUUCUCAAUCCAAAGCAGUGAAAUAGUGACGUACACAUUUUAAAGCAUAGAUGUAAGCUUCAUUUAGAAAUAAACAACAAACAAAAUGUAAUUUGAAUAUUUUAUCUUACAUCAGUAGAUGCUGCUUCAUUGUCAAAGCUGUCCAAGAUAAGAUUUGCUUAUUCACGGAAUGGGUUUAUUUGGUUGGUAAUCUUUUUAAAACAAAUCCACUUACCCUAUCCAGCUUGAAUUUUAUCCAAUGAUGUAUGGGGGCAUUCAGGUUUGAAGUUGACUUCUGUUUGGAAGGCUACCCACUUGAGCAAAUGUUAAUUAUUUCGGGUGGUGUAGUAUAGAUGGAGUUGUUUCAAAUUGAAUAUCUGAUUGAGUAGUAUAC